CACUCAAAAACUCUUUCUCUCUCUACUCUUCAGAGAGAGAGAGAGAGAGGAAUAAAAAAAACAACAACUGUUUAGCAACGAUUGCUCUUGUCCCUUACCGUGGACUCGAAACUGCAAAAAACUAAGCGCGGAGCUUCUCCGUCUUCGAAAGUCUCUCUAACUGACAAAUGUCUCUCUCCCGGAAAUUUCUCCCUACCUGAAAUCUCUCCCUCUCUAUCUACUUAUUCGGGAUAAACAUGAUCUCAUGCUUUUGGUUGACCUCUGGUUCGAAUCCUUGUUCCAUUCCGCUUCUAUCGAGGUCUCUUUUCCUAGCUUCAAGGGUUUAUUUGAAGUUAUCUUCGUUUUCUGUUUUCCUGAUCUAAACGCUGCAGUUUUAAGGGUUUUUGUUCUUGAUUAGAAUGAUCUGAGCAAAAGCUCUGCUUUUUGCUUGACCUGGCAAGUUCAGAGCAUUAUUGGCUUCAAAUGUUGAUUCCUUGAAGUAAUGGCGGAAGACCUUGAAAUGGCUACUUUAAUGGAGGAUUUUGGCCUAAAAAUGAAGCGUUUCUGGCAGUUAUUGUACAGUUACAGGUUCACAUAAGCAUCAUCAUAAAUCCAGGAAUUUGUGAUCGAGGGCAUCUAGGGGCUCUGGGUAAACAGUGCUAGUUCUGGUUUUGCAUGGUUAUAAAUCUCUCUUAUCAGAAAGAAAUUGCCAUAGAGCUUGCUCGUGUGAAAUGCGGGUCCGGAUGCUCUUAAGGUUUGUGUCUUAAGGAUCCAGUCAUAAAGUUCAGAGGAAGGGUGUUUUACACGGUUGUUGAGUGAUUGAAGAACCAUUUCUAUGCAGCAUUUUGCAAAGUGGCGAUUCACUGAUUGCCAUUCCUGUGAUUGAUUGCACCAUUGAAUCAUCAUAAUCCUGCUUGUUAGGUGUGUUUUGUCCUGCUUCUCCAUAUAUAUUUGAGAACUCAAUUUGGACCUGGAAAAUGGAAUGUUCUUACUUCCACAAUCAUUGGGGGAUGCACAAUUUGUUCCAAGUUAUUUGGAAUGUAAAGGAAAUCCUUGUGAGAUUUAUGGUCCGCAAUAGAGAAGUGUAAUAUGAAUUUGAAGUUGUCACUCACAAAGAAAAGAUGAAGAGGUGGACUGGAGGUUUCGUAAUCUGUUUUCUUUUUAUUUGUCUGGUGCUGAUGUAUAGUGUGACACAAACCCGUCUUGAUUCCCCCUCAUUUUUGGGUUUCUUUUCUAACCACACAACAAAACAACUUCAUUUGGAGAAUGUUGAGGUUAAGCCGAUAGUUCAAAACUCAGAUGGUGGCAUUCAGGUAGUUUCAUCUGAUAUUUUAGUUUCCAGUCUUUUUGUUAAAAGAAACCUUUCGGAAAGUGAACUAUUAUCUUUACAAACAUGGAAUCGUUUAAAGCACCUAACAAGUCAUGCGGAGGCUUUGCCCCAUGCCAUGGAGGCUAUUAAAGAAGCUGGGGUUGCAUGGGAGAGCCUGAUGGUUUCAGCUGAGAAGGAGAGGUUGAAUGGAACUGACUUUCGGAAGUCAAAAGAGAAGCAGUGCCCUUAUUCUUUGAGUAAGAUGAAUAGCACAGAACUCGGUGGCAGUGAAUUCAAGCUUCAGAUCCCCUGUGGCCUUAUUGAGGGAUCUUCCAUUACUAUUAUUGGUAGUCCAACUGGCGUUCUUGGUAAUUUUAAGAUCGACUUAACUGGAGCACCACUUCCAGGUGAACCUGACCCCCCAAUUAUACUGCAUUACAAUGUCCGACUUCAAGGAGAUAAGCUAACAGAAAACCCUGUUAUUGUCCAAAACACUUGGACUGUAGCACAUGAUUGGGGUGCGGAGGAGCGCUGCCCUCCUCCUGGAUCUGGUAACUCUGGAAAAGUUGAUGACUUGGACCAGUGCAAUCCAAUGGUGGGUAAAGCUGAAAAAAGGAGCUUUGCCAUUGGUAAACAUUCCAAUGUUUCAGAAAGGUCUCACUUGGCUCAAAAGACUGCUAAAAAGAGAUUGUAUUUUCCCUUCACUCUUGGAUUUCCAUUUGUUGCAACUCUUCGCUUGGGUUUGGAAGGGAUCCAUAUGACUGUUGAUGGAAAGCAUAUCACUUCUUUUGCAUACCGUGAUAGUCUGGAGCCGUGGCUGGUCAAUGAAGUGAGAAUUUCGGGAGACCUGAAGCUAAUGUCUGUUUUGGCCAGUGGUUUACCCACAUCAGAGGAUCUGGAGCAUGUGAUCGAUAUAGAUACACUUAAGGCAACACCUUUGCCUCCCAAGAAGCAGCUGUCCCUUGUCGUUGGUGUUUUUUCAACUGCAAACAAUUUCAAGAGGAGAAUGGCUGUUAGGAGGACAUGGAUGCAGUAUGAUGCGGUGAAAUCAGGAGCUGUGGCUGUGCGUUUCUUUGUUGGUCUUCAUAAAAACGAGCUGGUGAAUAUGGAACUAUGGGAUGAGGCACGCACAUAUGGGGAUACUCAGUUGGUGCCCUUUGUUGAUUACUACAGCCUUAUAACGUGGAAGACCAUUGCCAUCUGCAUCUAUGGGACUGAGGUUGUUUCCACCAAGUAUGUGAUGAAAACAGAUGAUGAUGCAUUCGUUCGCAUUGAUGAAAUUCUUGCUUCCUUAAAUAGCAGUGGCGUGACAAAGGGGUUGUUGUAUGGUCUAAUCAACUCGGAUUCGAAACCUCACAGGAAUCCAGAGAGUAAAUGGUAUAUAAGCCCUGAGGAGUAUAAUGAAGAAGCCUAUCCUCCAUGGGCUCAUGGACCUGGCUACAUUGUAUCUCGUGAUGUAGCUGCAUCAGUUGUUCAUCGUCAUAAGAAGGGGCGCCUAAAGCUUUUUAAGCUUGAAGAUGUUGCAAUGGGAAUAUGGAUAGCAGAGUUGAAGAAGAAGGGUGCAGAUAUAAAAUACGUGAAUGACAAGAGGAUAUUCAAUGAGGGGUGCGAGGAUGGUUAUGUUGUGGCUCAUUAUCAGGGGCCCAGGAACAUGCUAUGCCUUUGGAAUAAGUUACAGGAAGGAAAUCGUGCAAAGUGCUGUGAUUGAGAGAGAGGGCAUAGUAUUGUUGUAGAGCAGGGGAUUUGGCUAACAGGAUUGAAAUGGUUGGGGGUUGGGUUUGGUUUGGUUGGUGUGAGCAUUCUUUGUUUUCUCGGCCUAGAAGUGUACCAUAUUUUCUGAGAGAUUUUAGAGGGUGUAAUUUGCGAUCAUAGAAAUACAUGUGUCGAGUCUAAUUUGCCCUAUAUCUCUCUCUCUCUAAGUGCUAAUAAAAGUGUAGCACACAAACUCUCUCUCUAUUUUGUGAGAGCAGAGCCGAUUAGAAUUGCAAUGUGCUACCACAAUCUAUUUUGGAAGUGCUAAUAAAUUG